AUGCCGCAGGCGGCGAGCAGCGACGCUGGCCUCGCUUGGUGGCAGCGCGCGGCGUGCAGCGUGGUCUCCGCCGGCCCGCUGCCGCGCCACGUCGCCUUCAUCAUGGACGGCAACCGCCGCUGGGCCCGCAACCGCGGCCUGCCGGUCGCCGAGGGCCACCGGAGAGGGUACGCAAAGCUCGAGGAGAGCCUGCGGUGGUGCGCCGAGCUGGGCGUGGCGGCGGUGACGUGCUACGCCUUCUCGCUCGAGAACUUCAAGCGCUCGGCCGAGGAGGUCGACACGCUCAUGGCGCUGAUGGGAGAGAAGCUCCGCUCGAUGCGGCGCGAGGACUCGCUGAUCAUGACCCAGCGCGUGCGCGUGCGCGUGGUGGGGAACCUGGCGAGGGUGCCCGCCGACGUCCGCGCCGAGAUCGACGCCGUCACGCGCCUCACCUCGGCGCACGAGCGCGCCGUCCUCACCGUCUGCUUCGCGUACACUUCGCGCGAGGAGGUCUCUCGAGGAGGCGUUUCGGACGUACGACCCCCGCACGCCGCCGGCGAGAAGCGGCUGUCCGACUUUCUGGUGUGGCAGUCCGCGGCCGCCGUCACCCUCUUCACGCCCGUGCGCUGGCCGGACCUCUCCCUCCUCCGCUUCCUCGGCCGCCUCCUCCCUGCAAACUGCGUCCUCCUCCGCUACCAGGCGGCCAAGCCGCACCUCGACGCCGCUCUCGGCACCGGGGAACGGGACGAGGCGGGGGCGGGGGCGGGGGGCGUGGGGGCGGGGGCGGGGGCGGGCGCAAAGGCAGGGGUUGCCGCGCGGCAGAGGCUCGCUCUGUGUGCCCUCAGCGCCGCCGCCACCCUCCUCCUCGGCGCCCUCGCGGCGGGGGGGCGCGGCGCGCCGGACGGCACCGCCGCCGGCACCACCGCAGGGGCGGGCGGAGGGCAGCCCGUGGUGGCCGCGUUUGCGGUCUCCGCCCUCGCCGCCGCCGCAGUGGCGGUCGCGGUGCAAAAGGCGGCAGUCUCGGCGCUGGAGAUGUGA